UACGUGGCGUGGGAUCUACGAAAAAUUCUGAUUACUUCUGCCGGCUUCAGCCUGUGUGCUCGAAGAAUCAUUUUUUCCCCGCCCUCGCAACCGCCCCGGCGCUGCUCAUAAACGCAGAAUCUUUCUCCGCACGAACGACAAGAAAAUGGCAGACCUUUUCUUCCCCAACGACAUGCCAGAUUUCGUUCAAGAAACUCCGGUAAAAGAAUCGGCAGUUGGGUCUUCUGAAUCGCCCAAAGACUCACUUACUAGGCUUCUUCACCUUCCUUACAAAACCAUCUCAGAAAGGCUCAAGAAAGAAGCUUUGGACCUCAAAGAAACUAUAGUCAAGGAGACGUGGGGAGGAAGAGGAAAGCGUGUGAAUGAUUAUACACUGUAUACUGGAGCUCUUGGGACUGCUUUAUUAUUUUUUAAAGCUUACCAAGUUACUAAAAACCAGAAUGAUCUUGCUCGAUGCUCCGAGAUCAUUAGAGCCUGUCGCUCUGCUUCCCAAGGCUCUGGGCGUGUUACUUUCAUAUGUGGGGAAGCAGGUGUAUGCGCUCUUGGUGCUGUAGUUGCAAAGCACGCUGGUGAUGAACAAUUGUGUGACCAAUAUUUAACUCAAUUCGAAGAGAUCAAGCUUCCGAAGAAUCUUCCAGAUGAACUGCUGUAUGGGAGAGCAGGGUUCUUGUGGGCAUGUUCUUUCUUAAACAAAAAUAUUUGUAAAGACGCAAUAUCUACCACACGAAUGUUGCAGAGGUCUGUUGUUGAUGACAUCAUAAAAUCUGGCCGACAAUUAGCUAAAGGAAGAUGUCCAUUGAUGUAUGAAUGGCAUGGGAAAAAAUACUGGGGAGCUGCCCAUGGGCUAGCUGGGAUUAUGUAUGUUUUAAUGGACAUGGAUCUGAAACCAGAUGAGCUGGAGGAUGUCAAGGGCACCCUAAGUUACAUGAUUAAAAAUCGGUUUCCUCGGGGAAACUAUCCUUCAAGUGAAGGAAGUGAUUCGGACCGUCUUGUGCAUUGGUGCCAUGGUGCUCCUGGUGUUGCACUCACCCUUGUGAAAGCAGCUGAGGUUUUUGGCAGCAAUGAGUUCCUACAAGCAGCUAUUGAUGCAGGAGAGGUGGUUUGGAAUCGAGGCCUACUUAAACGAGUUGGAAUUUGUCAUGGCAUAAGUGGAAAUACCUAUGUAUUUCUUUCUCUGUACCAAUUGACAGGAAACUUGAAGUUCUUGUAUAGGGCCAAAGCAUUUGCUUGCUUUCUGCAUGACAAGGCUCAAAUUCUCAUAUCAGAGGGCAUUAUGCAUGGAGGUGAUCGCCCAUGUUCACUGUUUGAAGGCAUUGGAGGAAUGGCCUAUCUGUUUCUGGAUAUGACCGAACCAUCUGAGGCUAGGUUUCCGGCAUAUGAACUUUAGAUUUCUUUGUACAAAGAAUAAAUAGUAGAUGGUUGCACUUAUGUACUAGAGCCUCUCCUUUUAGUUAAUAAGUUGGAGAUUGAAUAAAAAGUACUAAUGUUCUUCAAAGUUGACAAAUUUGUAAGGUUCUUUGUUCUUGUUGAAGUUUAUUUCCCCUUGGCAGUGUAGCUGGUAACGCAGAAGGUAACGUUGUAACUAAAGAAACGCUUGCCUGGAGAAUGUUUGAAGAUCAUAACCGGCUUAUCAGUUGUUAUUAGGAACAAUAUUCAGUGAAGCUCA